AUGCUAAGAGCCGUAAAGGAAUAUGUUGGUGGCUGGUUCAACGAUGGAGAUACACGUAAAAAAGAGGAUGGAUCUCUCAAUGAGUGGAAAAGAAGAGCCAAUGGACAUAGGUCGCGCCGUUAUCGAGUCCAGAAGCCUGGCAGCAUGAAGCCCACAACAACGACGAGAGCUACCGCUGUGAGUAGGAAAAGACAAUCUCCAUCAAUCUGGGAAAAAGUCAAAGGUGUGUUUUCGACAGAAGAUCAGGAGCUUUUGGGGAUGAAGAGAGCAUACUCAGACUUUCAGUUGUCAACUCAUCCUUCACCGAUGCAGACGCGCUCACAGAUUCAACGUCGGAUAGCAAAAAGCGCCGUUCUCAGGCGUAAACUUUCGGAGAAGCAAUAUGAUGAUAAACAGCUAGAGGAGCUGAGACGUGGUAGAAAGCUUGUGAGAAGCCCGAAACGAAUAGGUGAACCACGCACUUUUGAGACAGAUCAAUUGCUACUUUUACAGCACAAACUGGAGACAAUGACUCACAGACUGUCAAUUGUAGAAAAGGAUCUUAAAAUCACCAAAAAGCGCUUGAAGUUUUCACAGGAGAAGAACGCUCUUCUUGAAAGCCUACUGGAUGAUGCCAAUAUCGACAAUGAAUACGUCAGAUCUCGCAGGCAGAUAAGAAAUAUACAAAAGGAAAACCUGAAGCCAAUUGAGGGUGAGAUUCCUCCUUCCCCACAGCACGCUAUGAGUCCUCUUUUUACGUCUAGUCCGAUGCGCUUCAACAACCAAUCUGAUGUGCGCCUGGAUGAACAAGACAAGUUUUACCAUAAAUACCCAAAAAUACCAGAGGCAGAACUUCUUCCCAAUAACCCUGACGACUCAUUGUCGCCUAUUAGGGUUGACUACUCGAAAUACUCGUCAUCGAGGGGUCUUUAG